AUGGCCAGUGGAGGAGCAACAUGGGAAGAACUACUCGGAAGCAACGAAUGGAAAGGUUUGAUUGACCCCCUUGACCUCAACCUGAGGAAACUCAUCCUCCAGUGCGGUGAUAUGUGCGACGCCACUUACGACGCCUUCAUCGGCGAUUCAAAUUCCAAAUAUUGUGGCGCGGGCCGCUAUGGCAUGAAGUCAUUCUUCAAAAACGUAUUCCUAGCAGAUUGUGCAUCAAAAUACCAGGUGGUGUCCUUCAUCUAUUCCACUCCAAUCGAUGUUCCUACCAAUGACUCCAGCUUCACUGUGGGCUCUACGUUGUUCUACCAGACCAAUUGGAUGGGCUACAUUGCUGUCUCCAACGAUGAAGUCAGUAAGGCCAAUGGGAGGCGUGAAAUUUAUGUGGUGUGGCGUGGAACCAUCCUACUUACUGAACUCAUUGACGAUCUCAACGCCAAUCUCGUGUCCGCCUUACCAUUCAUGGGGUCUCAGCCUGUAAAUCUGAUUCCGGGGAGUGAUGCUGCUGGGGGUGCCAAGGUCAUGGAGGGUUGGCUCUCAAUUUACACUGCCGACAACCCGAAGUCUCAAUUCACCAAGCACAGCGCGCAAACUCAAAUUCUAACAAAGAUCAAAGAACUGGCGGAGCAGUACAAGGGUGAAAAUUUAAGCUUGAUAUUCACAGGACAUAGCCUUGGUGGGGUACUUGCAGCUCUAAGCGCUUACAAUGUGGCGGACACUAGUGCAGUUCCAAGUAAUGUCCCGGUAUCGGCUUUCGUGUUCUGUUGCCCAACCCUGGGUAACCAAGUGCUGUGUGACAAGAUUAAGGCGCGAAAAAACCUGAGAAUCUUACAUAUGAAGAACGUGAAAGACUUCCUUGCAACCUACCCCAAAAGCGUAUUCCCGUGGGGGGAUUACGCACAUCCAGGAAUUGAGCUUGAGGUUGAUACUUCCAAGUCUCCACACUUGAACCCUUCACAGAAUCUAAUUUCCAAGGACAACAGGCUUAACUGGCAUAACUUGCAAGGCCUGUUACAUGUAAUUGCAGGUUGGAAUGGGAGCAAUGGGGAGUUUAAGCUGAACGUGAAGAGGAGUUUGGCUCUUGUGAACAAGUCCAGUGGUUUUCUCAAGGAUGAAUAUCGUAUUCCAAAGUCAUGGUCGGUUGAAAGGAAUAUGAGGAUGGCCAUUGAUCAAAAUGGAGAGUGGGUUGAGAAGGAGCCACUCCAGGAGGAGGAACAGGCCACUAAUUAA